AUGCAUCCAUCUACUGUCCUUCUCGCCCUCACCACGACCUUCACUCUUGCCGCUGCGGACUCCUACUUCUGCCGCCCGGGGCAGGACAAAUCGGGCUUUAUUCAGAAGGCCUACUGCUGUACCAAGUUCAUAGAUGUACCUGGGAACGAAGUCGGGAAGGAAUCAGAGGGGUGCACGAAAAUGGGCGAUGACGUUAGAGAGCUCUGUGACGACGGAAAUACGCCGAAGUGCUGUUAUACUAUUGGGCCGAAGGUAAUCUGCACUGCGGAGGCCCAUCCGCAGUUUGGCCUGGAGGGUUGA